GAUAGACUUCGAGUAUUUUAAUCGCAUUGAUUCUGCUCUGUACAUUGCUCUGGGUCGCCCGUCCGGUUAUCCCCCACGCUGCGGAUUCUGCAGAAGAGUCUUUCGACAUGUCGAUCACCCAUAUUGUCCUCUUCCAGUUCAAAGCAGACGCCCAUCCUGACGUUGUUAAAGAUGUACAUAUGGGCGUCCAAAUACUUCCCACACGACAAUAGACGGCUGGCCAUGUCUCAUCCGAAUAAGGUCUGCAACCGCAUGCUCUCCCUCAAGGAGAACUGUCUUCACCCAUCAUCUCAGAAACCGUACAUCCGCUCGUCAAUCGGUGGAGCCGACAACUCCAUCGAAGGCGUUCAGAGCGGAAUCACCCACGCCUUCGUCGUGCAAUUCGCUUCUGUUGCAGACAGAGACUACUACGUCAAGGAGGACCCGGCACAUCAGGCCUUCAUCCAGAGCUUGGAUGGAAUAAUCGAGAAGGCGCAGGUUGUUGAUUUCACGGAUCGGAUAUUUUAGGCGAUGCACUGAGCUGCCCGCCAAGACGAUCGCCGUAGAAUCCACGUCAGGA